ACCAGUAGCCGGUGCGCGCGCGUCUCGCGAAGAUGUUGUCGUGGACUGCGUGCCUGCUGGCGCUCGCGUGCGCCGCGGAGACUUCGACGACUACGACGACGACGACGACGACGACACCCGGGUGCGAGGGGGCCGGCGACCUGCCCUGCGUGCCCAAGUGCUGCCCGCUGGGGCAGGGCAUCUCCGACGAGGACGGCAGCUGCCGGCCCAGCGACCUGCCGUUCCGGCCCUACUUCGAGCCGCCGCCGCCGGGAGACGACUACGACUACGACUACUACGACGACGACGGCGGCGGCGGCGGCGACUACAACGACACGGAGCCGCAGCUGCUCGACCACAACAACAGCUACAUCAUCGUCGGCGACCCGUGCGAGUUCCACAAGUACCGCCUGGAGCCGUUCGACAGCGACGACGACGACUUCUUCCUGGAGCGGAACGGUUCGCUGCGCGUGCCGCGGCUGUUCCCGGGCCGCCGGCUGUCGCCGCGCGAGUACUGCCUGGACGCGCACCACGUGGCGGGGGGAGGACGCGGCGAGGCGGGGGGCUACGACGUGGUGCUGCCCCUACUGUGCUUCCAGCGGGCCGACGAGCCGCGCGCCUCGUCGCUGCAGUUCGUCCUCUACCCCGUGGGCCUGCUGAUCUCGGUGCCGUUCCUGCUGGCCACCAUGCUGGUUCACUGCGCCCUGCCGGAGCUGCGCACCCUGCGCGGCAAGACGCUGUCGUGUCACGUGACGUGCCUGGCAGCUGCGUACGUGUUCCUGGCCGCCGUGCAGCUGGGGGGAGACGGCUUCUCCGAGCACGCGUGCGUCGCCCUCGCUUUUAUCAUCCAGUUCACAUUCCAGGCCUGUUUCUUCUGGCUCCAAGUGAUGUGCUUUGACACCUGGUGGAUUGUCCGGUCCUCGUACAAGGUCGCGAAGGCGCUCGCGGCCGAGCUGGAGGAGGAGAAGGACUCGGAGGAGGGGCAGGGGAUGGCGAACGGGGGGUUCGACGGCACGGACGGCGGGCCGCCGUCCCCCGCCGCCGACCCGACGGUGUGCUGCUUCCCGGCGCUGGUCGAGGGGGGCGCGGUGCCCUCGAAGCGGACCGAGCGGAAGGUGUUCCUGCUGUACUCGCUGUACGCCUGGACGUGCUCGGCGGCGCUGCUAGCCGUGUCGCUCACCACGGACCUGGUGCCCACCAUCCCGUCGUCCUACAUCAAGCCAGACUUCGGGCUCAGCAAGUGCUGGUUCAACUCACAAGAAGCAGAGCUUAACUACUUUUAUGGCCCGGUGAUAUUUGUCCUUGUGACAAAUCUCAUAAUGUUCAUUCAUACGUCCUACAUGCUGUGGUGUAUUACAAGAUGGAAUAACCCUGGGAAUAAUGAAAAACGAUGCUUCCUGCUGGGCUUCUCGCUCUUCUUCGUGAUGGGCAUCAACUGGGUGCUGGAGGUGGUGUCGUGGGCGGCCGGCGGGCCCCCGGCCAUCUGGCACGUCACCGACCUGGUCAACACGCUGCAGGGUGUCGUCAUCUUCUGCAUCUACGUGCUGGAGCCGCGCGUGCGGGACCUGGCCCAGCGGCGGCUGUGGCCGCGCGUGUCCCGGGUGCUGUGCAAGCGUCGCGACCGCCGCGCGGGGGGCCGCCCCGCGGCGUACGCCUCCGUCGCGCCCGCCGUCUGAGCCGCCUUCUCCCCCGCUGGGCCUUUCCUUCUGUGAGGCUCUGUCUCACACGCGAGGGCUUUUCCCGCACGUUCAUCAAGAUAACUCUCAUCCCAAGUUUUAUAUAAUAACGGUAAAGAGCCACGCGAGAUUAAACAAUCACAAUCGAUUGCAAGACAGUUUACGACGACCGGACAACAAACGAACAAAAGAAAGCAAAUGUGAUAGGUUUACGGUGCCUUCAAUUGACAACAGUUUUACAUGAAAAUUUUAUAACAACCAUUGCACAUGAGCCCGAGCAUUACGAUGCCUCGCUACCUGACAACUGAGCCUCACACCAAGAUAGGGAUUUAAUUGACUUUAUGUAAGUUUUUGGACAUACGCCAUUGCCAUUUUUAGCAAUGGCGUAUGUCCAAAAACUUACAUCUAGUCAUGCACACCCAUUGCACAAAUCUUUCAAAGACAAUAGGGAUUUAAUUGUCAAAUUUUUUAACGGGCGAUUCAGAGUCCAGACUUCUUUCGCAGAAUCACUUUCAAACGAAAACCACGCUGUUCAUUGCAAAGAGAACUUUGCUAGGUAAGAAGCAGUAGGAGAAACGUAUUUAAGGUUUGUGUUCCCAAGUUUUAAAUAUUUAAGCCCCGAAAGGUUUGAAAAUACUAAGAACUACAUAUUUACUGUGUGUGUCCGUCGUUUAUCCUUCUUCGGCAAUGUUGUUCAUUACGCAAUCCACUGCGUGGUUUUUAUUUGUAAAAACAUUGUUGCGAAAGCUGAUCUAGUCACGCAUAGAUAAAUUGAAAACCCGCCUUAACAUGUGUCUAGGUCUCCAGGCAAGCACAAUUUGUUGAGAGCCGUCCCAAAACAGCAUCAUGAUCAAAGACUCUGUCAGCACUCUCCGAUGUAUUAAAAAAUAAAGAACCAGAGUGAUUCGUCUGCCCCCAAAUUUAAAAUUAAUUUUAAAAAAUCAAUAUACUACAUUAAGUAAGUUGAAUGAGUAAUUUUAGCCCUUUUGCAAAAUUACGAAUUAAAAAAUUAGUAUUAUUUAGUACAAAUAUUAUGAAAAAAAUAUUUCAUAUCAGUUAAUUGAACUACACUCCUGUUAGCUCUUAUCAGAUGUCACAAACCGAACCAGACGGUUUCUCGACCGUAGGAACCCAAUAUCACUAAGUGGCAACUAUUGUUUUAACACAUUUGCUUUAAUGUAAAACUGGAUAUCAGAUGGCAUGUAUUGAGCAGGAAAAAAAGAACAAAAAAUGCCUUGAACAAUAAUAUUUGUAGGACAGAUACCAGAUUAGUCAUGUCCCUGCCAUUUUCACAUUUAAUUGUUUGUUGUGACCCUCAACUUUUUUUUAUUUUUUUUUUAUUUUUAAUCUUUGAUGAUAUGCUAAAUGUUGGGGCCCUGUGCUCAAUAACAUUUUAGUCAAAUCAAAUAAUUUACAUUCAGUCAAAUAAAUGACCAAUUUCAGCGUACGACAUCAAAAAUUUGUUUUUAAAUCAACCCUAUGUAGUUCCAUGACAAUCUUGAAUUUUGGAAGCGAAGCCCAUCUUGGUCAAUGGCUUACUCUCGAACAUUUUGGAAAACAAAUUUUGGAUCACGGACAAUAUCUUCAGUUAAUCUCACUCCUGCUGUAGCGAAAACUAGUUUCAUGUCAGUGUUUAUAAAAAUUAUUUAAUAACAGCAAAAAUGCAAUAAUUAAUUUUAUAAUUUUAUAAAGUAGCAGUAUUUUUCCAUGCAGUUAUUAUUUAUACGAUUUGACUGAUGUUGCUAACAUUUAAAACUGUUUGUAAUGCUAGCAAAUCCCUAAAUGUAAUUUUUUUACGUGUGCAGGAAAUUAGUAGCAGUCUGUAACAGCAUGUACAUAUUACUGACACUGCUUCUGAAAGCAUUCUCUAACUUUUUGUAAUUGUUUCAGAUACAUUAUUUAUUUGCAAAUAAAUAUUUUCGUAUAAAUAUGUUAUACAUAUUUUAUAGUUAUGUUAAGACUGUUUUAUUUAAUGUUUUAUUUUUAUUUUACCAAAAAUAUAUAUUAGUGUAUUGUGAGUCACUGUGUUGUAUUUAUGUAAGUAUUAGUAUGUGGCUGGAAGAAAUAUAUAGUAUUUUGCAAUUUUUUUUUAUUCUGAAUAUUAUUUUAGUAUUACAAGUCUUUUUAUUGUUUUGAAAUUUGUCAAAUUUCACAUAGAUGGAAAUAAUUUAGCAACACAUUAAAAAAAAAACAAUUUGGACUAAAAUUAAAAUAUAGAAGUAAAUUUUGAGCAAAACCUUUCAUUACAAGAAUAUUUAAAAAAAAAUUUCAAACAAUAAGACUAUUAAUGGCACCUACAUCUGAUUCCUAAAAAUACUGUUCCACAAAUUAGAUAAUUGAAUAUAAGCAUGGUUGCCUGUACAGCACACUUAUUAUUCCACUCAUGUAAAAAGGACCCUAAUUAAAAAAAAUUAAAACUUGACAAUUUUUUCUUUCAUUUCACCUUUGAAUAUACAUAUAUACUGUAUAGAAGUCGCCAGCCCAGGUUAAAAUUUCUAAUACGGUUUGAGGUAGUUGGUUAAUUCACCGCCGCAAUCGCCACCAUCUCUAGGGCAUCGACUUGUGGUGGUCCCUAGCGGACAAGUGUCGAACUCUUCAAACACCCCUUCCCCCUCCCGCCGAACGACCGUGAGCUGCAGCGAAUGAUGGGUGGGGGGUGCUGGGAAUGACAGCGGGCGACAGCGCUGCGCUCUAACAUGUAAAUAACAACUAAGACGAUACAGGGCGUUACGGCAGCGCACUGCAGCGGUGAAGUUCCCAAGCUGCUCAUCAUAUGCUCCUGAAAAACGUAGAGUAAAUCCUAUCCACUCGCGACUUCUAUACAGUAUAUAUAUUCAAAGAUUUCACUACAGUUUAUCAGCUCAAGAAAUUCAGAAGCUUAAAUAAAAAAAUUUUAUGCAAAAAAUAUUAUCAGUUUCUGGAUAAAUUUAAAAACUUAAAACAAUUUUAGCAUUUAAUACUCUAUCUAAGCAUGCACAAUGCUUUGGACAACCAGUACAUAUGUAACUUUUACAACAGUUUUCUGACUGGUACAACCAAGUCAAAAGUAGGUACUUUAAGUAAUAGUUUCCUAGAGGUUUGAUGUCAAGAUCUUGUUUGUUAUCUUACGCAGUUUUGUGCAGGCAACACUAUUCUCCGUUCACUCUUACCUGAGUUUUGGAAUAAACAAAGCCUCUUGUAAACAAAAAUUUUCAUUGGCUGCCGGCCGCCGCGCACAUUAUUCGUGCGCAAGAAAUAGUCCCUUGGUUACGUACCAUUUGUAAGUAUUUUUACACUGUCUUUUUUAUAACAAUUGUUGAUAUAUAGCAUUAUAGCGAUUCAUCAUUAAUUUCCAAUACAGUUUAAUGUGUCAGCAAGUAUGUACUUACAAUUAUGUUAGCAGACGCCGUGAGUACGGUGGCAUAGACAAAAGGUACCGUACAGUGUACAGUUGAUGCCCGGCGCAACAGUUGCAUUUCGGAUUCGCGCGCGCACGGUUUGUUAUGGCUGACGUCGGACCGAGUUUUGUAAAACACAGAACGGGAAAGCCUUUGAAAAGUGCACAGAAAACUAAUGUGUUGAAUGUUUUUAAACAUUUCAGACAAAUAUCCGGAUUGUCGUGUGAACGAUAUCGCGAGUUUAACUGCGGAAUUUAGGCGUGUUUCGAAGAGCAGUGUGCUUCGUGCAAGGAAAGAAUUACAGGACACCGGGACAUUAACAUCUUCCGGGAAGAAAAGGAAACUUGAGUAUCCUGUUAUAAAAACUUGUGAUGAUUUUGUGAAGACGGUUAUUAGGCGUAAAGUGCAUAGUUUUUUCUUCGCAAAUGAACCACCUACGCUGAACAAAGUGCUACGGUGCUUCCUGUUAUAUUACGUCUCCGUUAUUUUAUUAGCACCGACUGUACUGAAGUGUGUGUGUUGCAACUAGUGCUUGGCGCGCCAGAUGAAUUCAGCCUAUCACUUGCUGACGCGGCGCAGUGAUACGGCGGUGUUUGUUUAUUUCAGAACUCAGCUAAGAGUGAACGGAGAAUAGCUCUGAGUCUUUAGCUAUUCAGAAUUACAUAUGAUAUUAUCUUCUAAAACAAUAUGUAGCAUUUCCACUAUACAUAUUUGUGCACUAAAUUAUUUCCCAACUGUAUACUUUAGCAUUAAAGGAUCAAAAACAUUUGUUAUUUUUGUUACCCUUCUGAUGGGUAAUUUUAACUUUUAAACACUGGAGCCACAGUUUUUAAGUAACAAACUAUAAAAAAUUGAUAGUAUUCACCAAUGCACUGUCUGUAAUGUUAAAAAAAACAUUUAUGUGAGCAAGUAUAAAAAAUAACUGAAAUACAUGCGAGUGUUAAGUGAAUGAUAUACCAAAAUGUUUGUUCUUGUUUUUAAAGUAUUUAUUUUUUUAUACAUGUACUGGAUUUUGUAUUCUUGUACACAACUUCAUGUUUUGUAAAAACUUAAAUUUGCGUUUUUCUUGAAUGAAAAAAUAUAAAUGGUUUAGUUUCCUCAAGCAGUAUUAUACCUCUCUUUUGAAAAAUUAUGCAAUUAAUUAUUGAUGGCUAUAUUUCGGCCAGGUUUAUUAACUGUGCAAGAAACGCAAAAUGUUUGGCAACCACAUUUUAAAGUACCAGUUUAGGAGCUACGCUCGCUAAGUAAACACAAUGCAAGUAAUUUAACUUCCAUAUAUCUUGUUUUUUUGACUGUCAUAUUUGUACAGAUCAAAAUGUUGACAAUUAAUUUUGUUUUCGUGAUAAAUAUGAACUAUCAACAAUUUUAAGUUAUAUGGUUGCCGACAUCUUGUGGCUUGCAUGCUUUAUAAAUGACUGUGAUUUUCUCACUUUAGUUGCCCGUUGCACUUUUGUGUUUCUUGCGUACUUCAUAAACCCAGCCUUAGCAUCAACAGCUGGCAGAAAUUUAUCCACUUUCCCAGACUGCCAAAUUCACGUCCAAUUCCAAAAACUCAGCUUUAACCGGUUUACAUUAACAAAAAAAUCCAAACAAAAACUUAUAAUGCAUCAAAAAUGUGGUUGCCAUGGGGAGAAAGACAACCAUAAAAAAAAACCUUAACAAUCUAAUGCAAAAUUCUUGCAACCAUUCUCUAGCAAUCAAGUACAAUCGGGUUUGAGACUGUAGCAAAUUAGCUAUUUUGCGGCAUUCUAGAAUGUGACUAUAGUUUUUAACAGGACUACAAAAGAAAAACCAAUAUAAAAUACAAUUAUAUUUAAAAACCAUAUAUCUUCGAUAUACUCUAUUCAUUGUGAGAUUUUAAUGGUUGUCUGAGGAAAAAAACUCAGGAAUGAAUAGCAGAAAUGAAUACAUAAAACACUGAGAAAAAACCAAAAUCAACUGAUAUCAAAUUUAACAUGCUAAGAUAAACACAGAAUUCCAUCCUAGAAAUUAUUUGCAUUGUCCAAGCAUAUAACAUUUAACAUCUUAAAUAGUAUGUUUUCCUUGUGUUUAUGAAUGUACAAUAACAUCUCGAUUAAUCAAAUUAACGUGAUAAGCAAAAUAUUGGCCAACACAUAAUAUAAGAAAAACCAUCUUGGUUUUCCAUUUGCCCACCAGUAUCAUUUUCCUGGAUGUUGUUUCUUUUCAACUUUUCUUCAGUGUAGAUUAUUUUACAAUUUGGAUUAUUAAUAACAGAUAAUUUUCUAGGUCCCCCAGCUAAUGUUUCAAUAGUCCUUGCCGGUAAUUGUGCUCAAGGCUGGCUCUUAUAAUACGGGACCUCAAUAAAGACAUCACCGCAGUCAUCAUUGUUGUCCAUUACUAAGGUUUUUCUUUAACAACCAGCGUAAACCUUCAUCACUAAAGAGUGCUCUUUGGCAUGAUGAACACAGAGUGAAAUAAAACUGCACUGUACCACAGUGGUUCGACCGAUCUAGCUCAACACAGAAACAGAAUCGUGCAUAACAGAAGAAUACUGAAUGUACGCAUUAGGUGUAGCACCUGAUAUCAGCUGAAUGGAUUUUAAUUCUAGUAAAAAAGCAUUCAA